CUUGUCAGGGUUUGCAGCUGACCGCUGAUUUGCUUCUGACGGGUAUAUAUUGUUGCAGCGGCUCCAGGAGCGAGAAAAACGCCCACAGCGACAUUAGCAGAGCGUCUACUACGUACAUUCUCUUCAUUGCCUAGAGUUUCAGAAUUCGCCAUCCAACAUGAUUCGCUUAGUUGUUGGCCUUCUUCUCUGCGGAUUAGCCCUCGGACAACGCAGGGACAUCACGUACGAAGACUGCGGCAGCCAGGCAAAAGUUCUGUCAGCCCAAAUCGAGCCGUGCGACUCCGACCCCUGCGUCUUCAAGCGUGGAACGAAGCCCAAGCUGUACUUCACGCUUACUUCUGAUCAAGACACCGAGAAGGCCACAAUGGAUGCCAAGAUCAGCGUGUACGGUGUCAUGAUUCCGGUUCCCGGCCUAGAGAAUGACCUAUGCAAGAACAUGGUACAGUGUCCGGUCUCCAAGGGCCAGACCUACUCUGGCACCAUGGAAUUGUUCGUGCCUGCAUACGCACCAAUCAUGAAGAGUCAUGUCUUGCUCAAGGUGCUGGGUGACAAAGGCGUCAGCGUAUGCGCCAAGACACCUGUGUUGAUUGAAUGAACUGGCGGCCACAGAAUCAGUUUCGCACAACAUCGCCCACCACUCGUCAAGCGAUGCUCAGUGCGCGUACGAGCUGCAGUUUUCAUCAAUGUGUGCUGCUGCAUGCGCUCUUCCGCACCCAUUUGAACGUCGGCUUCAAUAAAUAUUCAUGA